AUGCUUUCUCAUUCCAUUUCAGCUUCAACCGUUGUGCAAACAAGCAUCUCGGAUGUGUCCUUGUUGAGCAUGCCAAGAGAGGGGUCUUCUACUGAGCUUUUAAAUAUCAGUGAAGAGCGAGAUGUUAUGAAAGAGGUAAACGAGUUUGCUCAAGAUGAACAUCAGGUGAGAAUUAAUGAUUGGAACUGGAAUUCCAAACAAACUAAAAAGGGGUAUCUUGGAUUUAAAGUGAAGAGAUUUCCUUCCAACACUGUAAAAACAACGAAGUACACUUGGUGGAAUUUUCCAGUGUUAAAUCUAUUUCAUCAAUGUAGAAGAGUCGGAACCAUUUAUUUCGUUUUCCAGAUGAUUAUUUCUCUGAUUCCGGGUGUGGUCACGAUACCAGUCCCUCUCAUCAUUCUUCCUGUAAUUUUUAUCAUCUCUGUGAAUAUGAUACGAGAAGGAGGAGAGGACUUUCUUCGCUACCUAAAUGAUCGCAGGGUGAAUUUUCGUCACACCUAUGCGUUGAGAGAAGGAAUAUUUUGUAAAAUACAUACUUGUGACGUCAAGGUUGGUGACAUUGUAAAAGUGGAGCAAGACGAUAUAUUACCUGCAGAUAUUCUUUUAGUAGGCUCAAGUCAAGAAGAUUCAAGCUGUAAAAUUGAGACCGCCAACCUCGAUGGAGAGUCUUCGUUAAAGUCUAGAUAUUCUCCCAAGUGGUCACAGGUUUACAAUUCGAUAGAAUCUCUUUUAAAUUUGAAAGGCCAGAUCAAGUGUCAAAAACCUAAUGAACACUUGUACAAAUUCAGCGGAGCCAUUUACUUAGAGAAUGAAAAACAAGAGAUUCCAUUAUCGCAUCUUAAUUUACUGUUGAAGGGAUGCAAAUUGAAAACAGAAUGGAUAUUUGGUCUCGUUGUUUACACAGGAGAAGAUACGAAGGCAAUGAAAAAUAUGAACAAAUCGAUCGUGAAAUUCAGUUAUGUCAACAAAAUGCUGAACGUUACGGUUGGCAUUAUGUUUGGCGUGCAAAUUUCAUUUUGCUUGGCCUACACGAUUGCUAAAACAUAUCUAGAGUUUUCAAAUCCAUAUUAUUAUCUAGGUACACCAAAGUCUGGAAGCGAAAGUAUUGCCGUAGUUGCCAUCAUGUCAUUUCUCACGUAUAUCAUUAGUUUUGCUCACUUUAUUCCAGUGUCAUUACUUGUCUCUUUUGAAUUGGUAAAGGCCCUACACGCUUGGUUUAUUUCAAUGGACAAUGAAAUGGCUAUUGUUGAACGGUCUAACGAUUCCAAUGUGGAAAGUAUCAACAAGGAAAAUGCAGAUUCAAAAUUUAUUUCCUCUAUUGCCAUUUCUAGCGAUUUGAACUGUGACCUCUCUAAAAUCGACAUGAUAUUUUCAGAUAAGACCGGAACAUUGACCGAAAAUUUGAUGGUGUUCAAAAAGGCUGCCAUAGGAAGGGAUUUGCAAGUAUUUUGUGAUAGUAAUAAUGAAAAAGGAAGCUUAGGGGAAACGAUAGAGUCUUUUAAAAACCACAUCCCAAUCUGUCAGGAAAAACCACUCGAUUACACUGAUAAUGGACUCACUGAAAGGCCCCCUAUGACUGAAGAACAAUUCUUCUUCUCAAUUAUGACGUUACUAACUAUGUCUUUAUGUCAUAAUGUUUCUGUUAGACCUGUCAAACAUACUCGUGACAAUGGAGAGAAAACACAUGAAGUUACUUUCGAAGGCGAGAGUGUGGAUGAAGUGGCACUUGUAUUGGGAGCCUUGAAUAACCAAUUUUCUCUUGUUUUCAUGUCAGACAAGAAAACUGUGUUAAAAGUAUUCAAUAAGGAAUAUUCUUUUGAAAGAUUAUCAGAGAUACCAUUUACUCCAGAACGAAAGAGAAUGACGACGGUAUUCAAAAUUUCGCAGGAGUUCCUUAAAGACUUUCCAAUAUUCGAGAGAAUUUGCAUUGGCCAAUGUGAAGAAGAUAUUUGUGCUGACAAUGAUGGCGUCAUUGCUUGUUUCACCAAAGGAGCAGAUUCUUUUUUAUAUCCACUUCUUGAACAGGCCAAUAGACAGCCAAUUCAGUCGAACAUUGAUGAACAGUCAUCAACUUUUGCAAGCGAAGGCCUUCGAACCUUGCUGCUGUGCUAUAAGCUCUUGUCUAAGGAGACAUUCCAAGAAUGGAAUAUAAGAUAUAAUGCAGCAAAAUCUUUAGUUCUAGAUACCGCUAGAAAACAAGCAAUGGACAAGUGUGAAAAAGACCUUGAAAAAGAUUUGAUAUUUGUGGGAUGCACUGCAAUUGAGGACAUUUUACAAGAUGAAGUUCCAUCCACCAUAAAAUUCUUUAUGGAUUCUGGUAUUCAAAUUUGGAUGCUUACAGGUGAUAAACGAGAGACUGCGGUCAAGACGGCAGGAAUGGCAGGUAUGCUGAACGAGAAUUCCGUGACAUUCACUCUUGACGGAGACAAUGGGCUGAUUUCCGGGAGCGAAGUGUGUGCAAAGGUUAUAUCCGAAUAUUUGGCAGAAAUAGCAAAACUAUCGCAACAUCAAACCAAGAAUGUGACGUUAGUAUUGGAUGGGAAAGCGUUUUCACAUUGUUUAGACGAACCACUUGCUCUUUUCAAAGAGCUAAUCAAGAAGUGCACUAAUGUCAUUUUUUGCCGAUCAACACCAAAACAAAAAUCGCAACUAGUCACUUUUGCACGAAGAGAAUUGAAAAAGAGAGUUCUCGCAAUUGGUGAUGGAGCAAAUGAUGUUCCAAUGAUUCAAAAAGCAAAUGUAGGCGUUGGAGUUAUUGGCAAAGAAGGAAAUCAAGCCAAGAUGUCUUCAGACUUUGCAGUUCCUAAAUUUCGAAUGUUAAAACGAUUAAUUGCAGUUCAUGGAAGAUACUCUUUGAAGAGAAUUGCAACUUUCAUCAAUUACUACAUUUACAUGAAUUUAGGAAUUGUUUUUAUUCAGGUCCUAUAUUCAUUCUUUACAAGAUUUUCAGGACAAGCACUCACUGAAGAUUUUGUUGUAAUUUUUACGACGCUGUUUUUUCAACAACUUAAUCCUCUAAGUUUUGGAUUAUUUGAAAAAGAUAUUUCCGAGAGUUAUUUACAAGAUUCAAAAGUUGGACCAAAACUACUGUCAUCUCUAAGAAAGGAAAAUGUAUUUAACCUUUAUACAUUUGUGAAAUGGAUAGGAGGAGGAAUUAUUCAUGUCAUUAUCAUUUUUUUCGUGUGCAUAUAUGGAACAGAGCGAAGCAUUUUGACAAAUGGCAAAGAUGAUGGGCUUUGGAUGAAGACAGUUCUUGUCAACUCGUGUAGUUUCAUGGUUAUGAAUUUGAAAUGUUAUCUUGAAUUUGAGUAUGUGACACCAUUUCACCAUUUCGCAAUGGCCUUUUCCUUUGCGACAUUUUAUGGAUUUAAUUUGUUGUAUGCGGCAGCUGAAACUGCUCCGCUCUAUAACAUUUGGUACUCGUGUGCUCAAUCACCAGUAUUUUGGUUUACCCAUUUACUGUGUCUAGUUUCAACAUUGGGUAUCGAUUUCACACUCCAUCACCUCAAAGAGCUAUUCUUUCCAGAUUAUUAUCAACAAUUGAAGCGUAAAUGA